GGUUCACGUCGGUACCGGCGAGGGUCGGUCCGACCCGUGCCGUUAGCGGGGGACGGGUCAGCUACUGAGCCUCAGGCGGGGCGGGCGGUGCCGGGACGUGGGUCUGGGUGAGGGAGCACCAUGGGGUGUUAGGGGGUUGCACUGUGUGUGCAGAGCUUGCUCCUCACGGCGGAAUGGGGUGCGUGUGUGUGCGCACUGCGAACAGUGUACAGUGCACCGCCCAGCGCUUCCAACCCCCGCCUGGUGCCAGCGUGUCCUCGCAGCGCUGGAGCCGGUGCCUCCCACGGCUGCCGCUCCCUCCGUGCAGGGGAGGGGGGCUGUCGGUACCGGAGGACUCCCGUGACUGUGACCUGCCGCGGGGCGCUCACCCUGCACCGCUCACCCUGCACCGCUCACCCGGCUGUAGCCUCGGGUCGCUGGAUGAGGAACGCGCUGGUGCUGCUGCUGCUGCUGGUCCGGGGGGCACGGGCUGCCCCGCAGGGAGGGGAGCACAGGCCUGAGGACCCUGCAACCAUGAGGCUGGAUCCUGAUUUUGACCCAUUCAGCCCGGAGCUGCACACACUGCUACUGCUGCAGAGCACAGUGCAGAGCCUGGCAAUGCCGGAGCAGGAUGUGAAGGCCCUGACACGGGAACAGGUCCUGCUCUACCUCUUUGUGCUGCACGAUCACGACCGCAACGGGCAUCUGGAUGGGCUGGAGCUGCUGCAGCUGCUGGGCACGGUGCUGGCACAGCGGAAUGGCGAGCAGCCACACCUUGACACGGUGGCUGUGCUGGUGGACCAAGCCUUGGAAAGGCAGGACAUGAGCAAGGAUGGGCUCCUCACCCCCCCUGAGCUGCUGCUUGAGCCCCCUAAGCAGCUGCUGUCACCUGGCCAAGGCCAGGGAACCCCAGGGCCACCCCUCCUGCCACAUCCCAGGGAACCAGAGGUGCUUGAGGGGAACAUGGGAGUGAAUGGCCCCAGACUCAGGCCAGCAGAGAAGCAGGAAGAAGGGCAGGAAGCCCUUCAGGCUGAACCACCACAGGCUGUAACACAGCAGGCUGAAUCCCCCGAUGCUGGACUCAUGGAGGCCGAGGACACCACCAAGAUUGAAACUCCUGAGGCUGCAGUCCCUGAGGCAGAGGCAGGUCUAGUAUAGGGGGACCCCAGGGAGGGGUAGGGAGCAGGGCUGUGGACAGGGCUGCUCCCCGCCCCACUCGGAGCACUUAGCAUGAGGGGUCCCCCAUCCUGCAGCAGGGCCAGGGUUACACUGUUUGCUCCUGUAACAUGCCAGGACAGAGAAAUACAGGCGUUGCCACCA